AAGCCACAACGUCGAAAAUUAUUAACUCCUGUCAUUUUCUGUCAAGAAACUCGAUUUACAGCAAAUCCAUGAGAAUUUCAUAGUAUAAUUGUACAUGUUUAUACUCAAGAUUAUAUAAAUUAUGCCGAAGAAUAAAGGAAAAGGUGGUAAAAACAGGAGGAGAGGGAAAAAUGAAAACGAAACAGAAAAACGUGAGUUGGUCUUUAAGGAAGACGGCCAAGAAUAUGCCCAAGUAACAAAGAUGCUCGGUAAUGGCCGCUUGGAGGCCAUGUGCUUUGAUGGCAUAAAACGUCUAUGUCAUAUUCGUGGAAAAUUACGAAAAAAGGUAUGGAUAAACCAAGGUGACAUCAUACUGAUAGGCCUACGAGAUUACCAAGACGCAAAAGCGGAUGUCAUUCUAAAAUACACCCCUGAUGAGGCGAGGAAUCUGAAGACUUACGGCGAGUUCCCAGAGACUGUACGUAUCAAUGAGACAGUCGUGUACUCUGUCGACGGGCUGGACGAAGACAUCGAGUUUGGUGACGAAGUCAGUUCAGAAGAUGAAGCAGAUAAUGUAGAUGCUUUAUAAGAUAAAAAUGUUGCAAAAACAUUAGCCCUAUUUAUAAUAUCUACAGUAAGUUUCUGUAAAUUGUUUGGCUGUUAUGAAUAAAUAUGACCUUGAUUUUAUAAAUUUAGUUUUCCAUACAUUUUAAACCAUGUAAUAGUAUAAAGAUUUUUGAAACACAAGUUCUCAAUAAAGUUCAAUGUCAAUGUGUUAAUAACACAAUAGUCUGCAUAUUGUAUACAUAUUCCUAAAGUUCACCAUGAUUAGUAUUAUUGCCCCCCAUCUUCUAAAUAGUUUCUCAUAUGCAGCUAAAGUUUUUUAAAUCAAAAUGAUUUAAGGAAUGUACAUUAAUUAAAUACAUCAACCACA